ACUGUUUCACAAAGUCUUUGGUGGAAUUUUAAUUAAGGAAAACUUUGUGUAUUCAGUGUGAGAUGGGAAUCUGCAUAUCCAUUGCAUCUUCAGAGAUUCAUGAUCAAGCUGAAGAUCAACAUCACUUCCAUGAAAAUGUUCUUUACUUGACCGAAACCAUUCCUUCCAUUGGAACUCACACACAUGGUUCUCUUUACUCGAAACAAGGAACCAAAGGACUCAACCAGGAUGCUGCCAUCCUUUAUCAGGAGUAUGGGAUUAAAGGUGGAGCAUUUUGUGGUGUUUUUGAUGGACAUGGGAAGAAUGGUCAUAUAGUGAGCAAUAUGGUGAGGAAUCGGCUGCCAUCAUUGUUGGUAAGCCAAAAGUAUGGUGUAGCAAAGCUUGAACCAACACCUGAAAGCGACAAUGGAAGGAGACCAAGGAAGGAUUUGGUUAAAUGGAAACAGGCUUGCGUUAGUGCCUUCAAGGUGAUGGACAAGGAGAUUAAGCUGCAACACAAUUUGGAUUGCUCCACUAGUGGAACCACCGCUGUUGUUGUUGUUAGACAGGGUGAAGUUCUUGUGAUUGCAAACCUGGGCGAUUCAAGGGCAGUGCUAGGAACAAUGACUGAGAAGGGGAUCAAAGCUGUUCAACUAACUACCGAUUUGAAGCCUGGUUUACCCAGUGAAGCUGAAAGAAUAAGGAAUUGCAAGGGUAGGGUCCUUGCUUUAAAGGAAGAACCACAUAUCCCUCGAGUGUGGCUGCCCCAUGAGGAUUCACCAGGCUUAGCCAUGUCUCGAGCCUUUGGAGACUUUUUGCUCAAGGACCAUGGCCUCAUUGCGGUCCCCGAUGUCUUCUAUCACCGCCUAUCCCCAAAUGAUCACUUCAUUGUUCUCGCAACUGAUGGUGUAUGGGAUGUGCUAAACAACGACCAAGUUGCAUCCAUAGUGAUGGAGGCAGAAAGUGAGCAGGCAACAGCAAGGACGGUGGCGGAGGCAGCCACCGCCUCAUGGAAGAGGAAGUUUCCGUCUUCAAAAGUAGAUGACUGCACCGUGGUUUGCCUCUUCCUCCAAGACAAGCAACAUCCAAGUUCCUUGGCCCCGGAGACUUAAACUAGUUGAUUGGCCUGACCGCCUUUGAUGUAUAAAAUAUAUAAAAUUUGAGGAUAUUUUGAUCAUUAUUUAUAAAAGAAAUCAUACUAUAUUGAGAAUAGAACUAAGACUUUACUAGUUGGUAGGCCUCCUUUGUUAUUUAAAUUAAUUUAUAUUACUUAUCUAAUAUAAUACUUCAGUAUUGAGUAUUAAA